AUGUUCGGCACACUGAUUGCCCUGGGGGUCGUGUCGACCGCUUAUGGCCUGUACGAGUUUUACUCGGCAUUCACCAUGUGGCCUGAGGAGGUGCGUGCGGACCUGCGAGCGGGUGUCAAGGCGAAACGUCAGGAUAACCUCUCCCUGAGCGAGAAGUUCUUCCAACGCGCCUGGGACACCGCCCAGACGCUCUCGCUCUCGCACUUCGGCACGUCCCCGUACCUCAAGCUGUCCGGGAUCGCUAUCUCGCUUGCAGAGGUGCUAGAAGCGCACGAGCGCCCGCAGCCCGCCUGGGACGCGUACGUCGACGCGAUCGAGCAAUUCACCCGCUUGCGCAAACAGGGCGUGCCCCUCUCUGGUCCCGAGCGCAUGCGCGCGGUCGCCAUCGCGUCGAAGCUCGGCGAGAUGGCGGAGACAUACCAACUCCCGCUCGAGGACGAGGAGCAGUGGCUCAGCUGGGCUGUGAGCGAGCUGAUGAAAAUCCUGAAGGAGGCGCAGCCGGAGCGUGGGGCAGACGUGGGCGGAGAGGAGCCCGCGGAUGUCCCCCUCAUGCUGGCAGAGCUAGAAAUGCCGCCGUGGGUGAGUAAGACCACUUUGGGCGCGCCGCUCGAGGCGCUGGGCAACUUCUACGCGCGACGUGGCAAGGUAGAGUACGCCGUCCCGCUAUACUUGCAAGCCAUCAACCUGCUCGUACCGCCGUCGGGCUCAAAUAAAACCUCCACGACCGAAGAAAAAUGCCGAGGUGCCCAGCUGAUGAACAACCUUGCCGAGCUGACCAUCCGCGAAGCGCCGACCCCAGACAACCGGAGGCGCGCUGAGCUGUGGGCGCGACAGGCGCGAGGCACGAUCGAGCGCACAAAGGCGGAGGCGCGCGGCGGCGCUGAGGAGCUGGCGACGUGCGAGCAGGCGCUCGCUGCCGUCAUGUUCAAUAUCGGCUCUCUCUUGGAGAUGCGAGGCGAGCACGAGCAGUCGCGCGAGCUGUUCAAGGAGAGCUUGGACCAGGCGAACCGUAUCAAGAUGCGUGAGGGCACUAUGGCGGCACGAGUGGCGUUGCGACGUCUUGAGCGCACCUCCAUCGAGAGACAAAUCGGUGGUAAUGGCACCAAUGCCCCUUCGGACAGCCCACAAUCACAAUGA